AUGGAGCCAAACAAUGGUGUUAAGGAGCAUGUUGGUCGCGUCGUAAUCAAUGUAAGCGGAGCGAUCUUCGAAGUAAGCGAAAGCAAGUUGCUUCAUUUCCCUCAGUCGCUACUGGGCUGCCCUCAGAAACGGAGCAAAUAUUUUGACUCUCAGCGCGAGGAGUAUUUCUUCGAUCGUCACCGACAAGCAUUCGAGGGUAUACUGUUUUACUAUCAAAACGAAGGGAGAUUAGUUUAUCCAGACAAUGUGCCAUCAGAAGUUUUUGAUGAAGAAGUUAAGUUUUUCAUGCUCCCCGUUGAGCCAAACAGCUGUGAGAAGUUGGAAAGGGUUAUACUCGGCGAUUACAACCGCUCGCGUCCUCUGAAUAUUUGGCAGAGGACACUCUGGGAAUUGUUUGAGUUUCCCAAUUCAUCGCUGGCUGCAAAAAUUCUGGCAGUUCUCUCGCAGGUGUUUAUUAUCGUAUCUUUAGUAGGUUCUUGUCUGAAAACUGUCGAAUCGCUUCAACCAGAGCGUACCAAGGUGAUAGAAAACUUUCAGAACCAUAACAAGUCUGUUUACCGAGAUUUAACGCCGUCUGAGUUACAUGACGAUGACUGGUUUUCAUUCGAUCUUGUUUGCUACAGUUGGUUCACCUUGGAGUGUGCUGUGCGGUUACUCGCGUCCCCAAACAAAAGCGAAUAUUUCAAAUUGCUUCCGAAUUGCGCAGAUUUUGCUACGAUCUUGGUUUUUUAUUUGGAACUCAUUGUGAAAAUGGCUUGGCCCUCGGCCACCGUGGUGGUCCGUUUACUGGAAACUUUUGCGGUCAUCCGAAUAUUAAAGUUAGUACGAUACUGCGAGGGAAUGAAAAUCCUGGUUAUUACUGUCGUAUCAGGCAUCAGAGACCUAGGCCUUUUGGUAACGUUCGCCACAACCUUUGUUAUUUUGGGCUCGAGUGCGGUAUUUUUUGUAGAACUGAACGAGCAGGAUGAUAGUGACUUUAAGAGUAUUCCCGAUGCAUUUUGGUGGGCGAUAAUAACAAUUUGUACAGUUGGUUAUGGCGAUAAAGUUCCUGUCACAACACCGGGAAAGUUUAUGGGGGCUAUCUGCGCUGUACUUGGUACUGUAACAGUUGCUCUGCCUCUGUUCCGCUUCGCUGCGCAUUUUCGCACGAGUAUCGAGCACUCCUCUUACAUUCUGCCGCGUCGCGAUAGAAAAGUUUCUUCUUCGAGACGAAAAAGUCGAUGA